AUGUCCGACUCGCAGACAAAGAGGGGUCCCGGACCAUCGGCCGCUUCAUUCAAGCGCCACCCGGAGCGUGCAUACACUGGACCCAAGCCAGAGUCGCUUCCUCCAAAUGGGUUCAAGUACCGCCCCGAUCCCCACCUGGAGGCAUUGCCGCCGAUGCCCCGUACCGCGCGCUGGAUCGGAUUGACUAGCUGGGUUGUUGGUACUGGUACUGUUGCGUACAUGCUCCUGUACGCCGACUUUGGAGAAAAGGAGCACGUGUUCUCGCCACUCCGCCGCGCAUGGCACAAGCUCUCGGGCGAGCUCUUCACGCUGUCACAGACUGAGCGUGAAGCUAUGGGCCUGCACAAGGCGCAGAGCAAGACGCAACAACAAAUUCAGGAGAUACAGGCGAGCGUCGACAAGGCCGCCACGGCUGCGGCUGCUGCCUCGCCCAAUUCGAAGGCUCACUCCAACGUUUGGUUCUCCCGCCCCCGCAACUUCGGCAAGGGCUCGCGCCAGUGCCGCGUCUGCGCUCACCAGGCUGGUCUUAUCCGCAAGUGGGGCCUCGACAUGUGCCGUCAGUGCUUCCGCGAAAAGGCUAAGGCCAUGGGCUUCGUGAAGAACAACUAA